UGCUUCUUGAGCGGCUUCGAGUCCGCUGUCGCUGCUUCAUCAUGGAUCUUGCCAUCCUGCUAACCUGGGUGGUCAAGGCGGCGACUUCCUUUCUCAACGCUUCGAGUUCGCUCUCUUCCUUUUGCGACUCUCGUCUUCUCUCUUCUCUCGGUGCCGUCGACGUGGCUAGUACUACUGCUUUUUGUCCUAGCUCGUGGAUUCGGUCUGCUUGUUCUGCUACUUCGUCUAGCUCGUCCGUCGUCCGUGUUGCUAGUAUGGCUUGCAUUGGAUGUGGUAGACGUCCUAGCCAUAGUGUGCGCAGUAGUUCGCUACUUACUGUUGCUCCUGCUAGAGCCUUGAGGUAUCUUAGGAAUUGUGAUGGCUUCCUAUCUCCGAUUUCCUCUCGUUCUAAUAGUUGCCGCAUCCUGUUAUCUUGUGAGUCGGUGAGUCUUUGUAUCAGCGCCUUCUUUAAUGCCUCGUAUUUCUCUGUCUCUGGCGGUUGGGUAAUUAUGUCCUUUACCUCUCGGGCCUGUUUUGGUUCCAAUUUUGAGAGUGCGUAGGCGUACUUCUCCACAUCUCUAUUGAUUUUGCACAGCGCAAACUGUCCCUCUAGUUGUGCGAACCAUAGCUCGGGCUCGUCUGGCCAAAAUGGUGGUAGUCGUA